AUGAAACGUCGCCCUCAAAGUGCAAUCAUAGCUAAGAUCGUUAAGGAUAGAUAAGAAUCAGGGAUGAAUAAGUAAAAAUACAAUUCUAGCAGAGUUCAUAAUUGAUCUAUAUUAAAAAACAAACUCCAUAAUAGGUACCACCAAAGGAAUAUUUUGAGGAUCAGGAACAAAUGUACUUUGCGAAUUUGUCAUUGAAAUAAUAGUGUAACGAAUUAAAAUUUGAGAAUUCUAAACUCAAAGCCUUGGUAUCUCAAUUGAAAGUAGCAAUUAUAUUUAUAGAAUAGAAAUAAAUUAUAAAGAUAGAGAAGGUCGAUAAAUAUUAGGCAAAUUGCGAUCCUCUUGGAGUGAUUUAAGGAGGUGAGGGCAGUAUCGUACCAAUUUUGAAAGCUAAAGUAAAGGAAUAGCGUAAUUAAAUUGAAGAAUUAUAAACUGAUUUGCAUUAACAGUAUAAGUCUGUUAAAUUGACAAAAUUAUCAGAGUUGUAAAGAGAAAUUGAGAAUUAGUAAAAUGAAAUUAUGAAGCUCAGAUAAGUAAUUCAAUCCGCUCUCAAUAUUAAUGAUUAAGAGUAAACUAUAAUAUAAGUUAUAAAAGUUUGGUGAAUGAUCCGAAUAUAAUAGAAAAGCUUUCAAAAUUUACAAUCACAGUUCACUAACAAGAGAAUUCGAUUUAAUAGUUGAUGAAGUAGAAUGAUAAAUUGAAGCUGGAAUAUUAGGAAAUGUCUAAUGAUAACGCUAAAUUGUUAGAAGAAAUGAAGUAAUUGAAUUUCGAGAAAAUUAAUUAUAAAAAGCAAUUGGAUGAAUAAACAAUCACAGAAAGUGAAAUGUAUCAAUAAAAGAAGAGAGAGUUCUUGGAAAUGAAAUUAGCGUAUAUAUUUUAAUUAAUAUUACAGUGCUACUCUGAAGUAAUUGGAUACGUUAAAAGGUGAGUUGUCUUUGUAUGAGAAUAAGUCAAAAUUGUUAUAGAAGCAAAUCAAAGAUUAAGAAAAAGAGUUUAAAUAGACAAUAAUGGAAUUACAGAAAUAAAAAUAAAGCUUAGAAGAUCAAUGCAAUAAAAAAGAUGUCAUAAUGUAUUUUAAAUACUAUUUUAGAUAAGACUUAAACGAUAGGAUUAAUAUUUUGGAUUUAUUGAAGCAGAAGAACUCUCCUAAGCCAUCGGAGUCUCCUCUCACUUUGUAACUCAAAAAGUCAUUCUUUCCUCCCACAACUUACAGGGAUGAAAUGACAUAAUUUCCAGAAAAACAAAACCAGGAUAUCAAUCAAGAUGUUAAUUGUAAACCUAUUAAUAAGAAUAAAUUGGAAAUUCUGUUUUAGUAAUUAAAAUUCAAAAUCAUCUCUUAAAAAUUAACAAAGGAAAGGAUUCAUUUUACAUUUCAUAACAAAGAAUUCAUAUAAUUAGGAGAUGCUGUAUAAGUCUUUAUGAAUGCACCCUAUAACUUUUAAAAAUCUGAUUCGAUAAUACUGGGUAGAUAUCUGAUUGGAGAGGAUCAAGGAUUCUCAAAUUCAAUAUAAUGGUAGGAUACAUAGGAAGUUAGAGAAAUUAUUGAAAUAUUUUUUAGCCACCCUAAGAUCAAAUCUUAAUAUGUAAAUUGAUAUAUUUAUAUAAUAGUUAACAUUUUAGACAAUCUUGAAAUAGAAUUACUAUUCAAGAGCAGUUAAUGAGAAAUUAAUGUAAUGUAAUAUACCAAGUAAAAUAUACAAUAAAGAUGAUUUGAUCUUGCUAUUGAAAAAUAACUUUAAAUUCACCUAUGAGCAAAUCGAUUAUAUGUUGAUGAUGAACUAUUUAUAUUCGAACGAAGUAGAAAAUAUUGAUAUAACUGCUCUGAGAUAAUUCAUAUAAUAAGAGUGUGAUCUCUAAACAACACUUCAUAAUUUAACUUAUGUUUGUUAAGAGUCUGUUAGAUAUGUACCCAAAUAAAUCAAAAAAGUUUCAUAUUCAGAUGACGAUGAAUUUAAUUAUCCUAUAGUUGAAAGCAAGAAUUUGAAAUCUAACUAAAAAUAAAGAGACGAUUCAAAAAUUGAAAUUAAACCACCUGAAUUAUCAAAUCAAGUACAAAAUAUCAUUACAAGUGAACAAUACUUAACGUUUUCAUGUAUAAUUUAUAGUAUACUUAGAAUUUAAAAGCAGCGAUUAAUAAUAACUAAAAAGUUCAGAAUCUAGAAAGCCAAGCAAUCAUAAUAAUAACAAUAGUGAUAUCUUCCAAUAUAGUCAAUCAUUACUACCCCAAACCACAUUGAAAAGGCCUUCGGAUUUAUAAUAAAUGUCAUAAGACAACUCAAUUUAAUUUAAUAUUACAAACUAAUUUUAGUCCCCAUAACCAAAUAAGAAAAAGACAAAUCAAAUAUCUGAAUUCUAUCCUGGAAAAGAAAUUGCUGAUUAAAGGAACAUCCAAUAUAAUGUUGAUAACGAUACAUAAAUUACUGACAUCAAUAAAAAGGAAGAUGAUUAUUAUGAAGAAAUUUUAGAAGAAUACAUAGAAGAAUUGUGA